ACUCCGGAGUGGGUUGUCUAAGGAAGCGAGCCGAUAUCUCUGCGGUGCAGAGCUGGAACGCUGCUCUCCUAGCGGAAAACACGAGCCUCCGGUCCACCCGUUUCCCUGCACCCGUGUGGCUUUCGCACGUACCGGGAGAGUUUCUAGUGGAGGGACGGGAGCCCACCUCCACCACUCGGUAUUCGUUUUAUUUAUUUGUUGAGUUUAACUUGGCGAAAGGAGCCGAUAUUGUACUUCUGCACUGAGACUGUCUACCUUCACUCUGUCUACCUCUUCUCCUCGUCGCGUGAGUAGACUGUCGAAGUAACCCGUAUGAUGCAAAUUCCAACGUCUUUUGCUGUGCAUUAGCCAGAAAGUUUUUUUCCCCCUUUUUUUUCGUCGUUAAACACUUCGAGCGUCGCUGUAUGCUACACCAUUCGCGUGCGUCGCGUUGGAGGACUUACAAAGACUACUGCAUGAGAAAAGACGGGGAAGAAACGCAAAAGUCUGUUUUUGCGACGUUGGCAAACACUUUCGCGUAUCUGCAGAACAGAGACACGAUGAGCGCUGAACUUACUAUGGGGCCCGAGCUCCCGACCAGUCCGCUGGCGUUGGAAUACGUAAAUGACUUCGAUCUGAUGAAGUUUGACGUGAAGAAAGAGGCCCUCGCGGGGCUUGAGCGCUCCAACAUACGCCCGUGCAACCGACUCCAGCCCCAGGGCUCCGUAUCGUCCAGUCCGGUAAGCACGCCGUGCAGCUCGGUGCCUUCCUCGCCAAGCUUCAGCCCCACGGAGCAGAAGAGUCACCUGGAGGAGCUGUACUGGAUGCCGAGCGCCGGGUACCCCCAGCAGCUCGAUCCGCAGGCACUGAGCAUGACUCCGGAGGACGCGGUGGAAGCGCUGAUCGGCGCCACGGCCCACGGACACGCGCCGCCGCCGCACGUGCAACAGCAGCUUCAGCAGGGGGGAUACGAGGGCUACCGAGCCGCGCAUCACCACCACGGCCACGCGCCGCACCACCACCACCAGCCGCCGCCGCCGCCGCCGCCGCCGCACCAGUACGGGAUUCCCCACCACGCCGACGACCUGCCGGGCCAUCCGGGAGCGCACGCGCACGCUCAGCACCACCCUCACCGCCACAGCCAGGACGCCGACAGCCCCUCUCCGCACUCCCCCGGCGGCCAUCAGCAGCUACACCACCGUCCCCAUCCCCACCACCACCACCACCACCACGCGCACGCUCACGCGGGCCAGCAGGUCCACCACAGCGGCGGGGCCGCGCUGAACGUGGAGGACCGCUUCUCCGACGAGCAGCUCGUGAGCAUGUCCGUGCGGGAGCUCAACCGCCACCUGCGCGGCUUCUCCAAGGACGAGGUGAUUCGCCUGAAGCAGAAACGCCGGACCCUGAAGAACCGCGGUUACGCGCAGUCGUGCCGCUUCAAGCGCGUGCAGCAGAAGCACGUGCUGGAGAACGAGAAGACCCAGCUCAUGACUCAGGUGGAGCAGCUUAAGCAGGAGAUCAACCGGCUGGCCCGCGAGAGGGACGCGUACAAGAUGAAGUGCGAGAAGCUGACUGGCGCGAGCGGGUUCCGCGAGGCAGGGUCCACAAGCGACAACCCGUCCUCGCCAGAGUUCUUUAUGUGAGUUCGUGUCUUACGCCUGGCAGCUGGCAGGCUGCUAAUCCACUCACGAUUAGGAUUAUUCUAACAACAGCUGUAUUCAUAUUAGAAAGAGUUACCCACAGAAGUAAUAACCGCAUAUAUAAUCUCCUUCCACUUGGCAACUGAAAUACAAAGAAAAUGGUAUAGUAUUUAGUUGAUUUUUUGUUUUGUUUUUAGAUUUACAUCUUUGUAGAUUAGUUGCUACUAAAGAUCGGAUUUUUCCCUUUUGCGAGAGAUUAUAUAGUCUGAUCAGAACUAUGAUUUUAUCCAGUGUGUCUCUCUUCUGGUAGAACACUGGAUAACAUCUUGUGCUCAGGAGAGAAAAUAAAUAUAAUGAAAGGAGAUUUUCGCUAAGAGGAGAGUACUUUGGACCUUUCGUACCUCUUGGCCCAAAAGUCAGACUUGUCAUUUGAGAACAAUACAAUAUGCAAAACUUUUAACUUCUCUCCUAACAACGAGUCCCCUGUAACUUCGACAGCGGAAACAGGGGGGUCUUUUAUGCAACCUCUCACUGGUUUAUUGCCUGCUUGGUUAUAUAAAGAUAGAUAUUACAACAACUAAAAAAAUCUGCAUUAAAAUAUUAAUCCUGCAUGCUGGACAUGUACGGUGAUAAUUUCUAUUUUGUACUUUCUUUUUUUCUUCGUGUAUCUUAAACAGCAUGUGUUUGAUCUCGAGCUUUCCCGUGACUCUGUCUGGGACUUUAGACAUGAAAUGGUGACCAUAUCACGGCGACUGCGCGUGCAGUCUUAACAUUGUUUGGGGUUAAUUUUGGCUUGUAAAUACAUGCAACAGCAAAAUUGAAAAAAAAAAAAAUAUUAAAAAACAUUGAGAGAUUGUUUUAAAUCGUUGGCAGUUUUGUUUAAUUUGGGGAGGGGGACUGAGUUCCACAAACGGGCAUUUUUGCAGUUGCAUCUAAAGUCAACAAACUUUGUAUAUUAAGUGCACUUUUUUGGAUAAUGAUUUUGGUUUUGGCUGUUUUCAUUUUGAGUUUUUUUGCAGACCGCCCUCAAGGAAAACAAAGACACAGAUCCUAACAGGCUAACGGGACUCGUUAAAUCCAGACACGGCAGACUGCUGGAGCUAGAGACGUCCUCUGCGUUACGAAAGCAGUGCAAUAACAGGCAGUUUAAUCAGACACAUUAAGAAGCCAUGCAAUAACAGGCAGUUUAAUCAGACGCACAGUGAAAUUCCUUAAGGAGCAUAUUAUUGCUCUAUAAAUAACUCUCGCGACACAGAGGCAUGCGCCUCGCGCCGUGUUAUUGUGGUGUUUAUUUCCUUUGGCGUUCAUCGCCCGCGUCCGGUAGAAAAAAAACCGCAGUUUUGUCAUAUUGCAUAAUCCAUGCCAACGAUAUAAUCUGCUAAUCCGAGCAAGAUCUGUAGGUGUAGCUGGUUUCAUUUUACCUAGACGUGCAGGACGUCGGCGAACGCCUUUAACUAUCCUUUCUCCCACUUUCAUGAACUGAACAAUAUUUCCAGAAAGAGUAUCAGAGCACUGAAGGUCGGUUGGAGUGCGCUCUUAAAUCAGGGUUUUGGACGAUUGCGCGGGACAGUUUUAAUGAGCAUUGUUAAAUGUUUUCCUGUAUUUUUUUUCUGCCGGUCAGUAAAAAAAAGGGAUUCAGGUUUUGCAAAAUCUCAAAAUGAAAAUUCUAUGUAUGUUAUCUGUUCUGUUUUGUUGUUAUUAUUAUUUUUUUCGAGAUUCUGGUUCUGCUGGCCGGAUUCAUAGGUGUGUUAUUUUUAAUGAUUAAAUUAACAGACUGUCAGAUCAUACUGAAUAAGCAUGGUGCUUGCAUUUAAGAUUAUAGCGGAAACGUCGCGCAUUUAAUGAUCUUUUGUUACUGAUUCAACUGUGUUGAAAUCAAAACUACAGCAGCGGGUUGUUGUGCUGUUUCUUCAUUUCACGUAUGACGCGAGGGGAUCAAUUUUCAAUCCUGUUUAUAUAAAUGAAAAAGUUAAAUUUGGACUGUUCCAUUCAGGCUGGUUUCUGUUUUGUCUUAUUUUUGUUGUUUUUUGAAGAAAUGGUUUCCUAUUUUGCUUAUUAAAGUCAUCGAAAUGGCA